AUGACUUCUUUAAAUGUUACUGUUAUAGAGAAACAACAACAAUCUACUAUAGUUGAAACACCUACAACUAGAACAACGACAUCCUCAUCAUCACCUUUACCAUUAUCAUCAAUAACAGAAGAAGUGUAUGAAGCUAAAUUGGUUUCAGACCCAUUCGGUCAGAUAGUUGAGAGAAAUUUGAAAUCAAAACACUUGUGUAUAAGAGAACUGAAUGGUAAUAGAAGUUCAUUUGAAGAAUACUUGAUUGGUCAGAUACAAAAGAUUGACAACAUUACCAAUGAGCUUAUCAAUGAAUGUGAUACUCUUCAAUCUAGAUUCAAAUUAUCAACUGAAACAGUGAAUAUCAUAUGCUCCAAAAAGUAA